AUGAUAAGGUUUGCUAAAAUGUUUAGAGGAUUGAACCAUAGAUAACAAUAUUGGCACAUCGUUUCUAAAAGAAAUGUUUAAAUAACAUUUAAGGAUGAUCUAUUAGUGUUGACAUUUCCAUUUAUAAUGGGAUCAAAGAUGUUUUUUGCUCAUUCGCAAUAUUCAUUUUUGACUUUGUAAGAGCAAUUGUAACUAGAAGAAUCAACAAAAGUGGAGUUCUAUUUAGAUGGGACAGACUUGAGUUUGAGUAGCAACCUUUUCAAUUAUAUUUUGAAUGACAAAAAAAACAAGGCCAUUAAAUUGUUGAUUUAGGAUGAAGAAUUCACAGUGACACCUGCCUAUCAAUUAAGUGAAGCCAAGAUGCUAAAUUAAUCAAAUUAAUUGAAACAUUCUCCACAAAAGAGAUAUAUUCAGAUGGUCAACAUGGGAAUGGAUCCAAGUCAUGCAAAUACAUUGUCAUGGUUCUUGAAUUCAUGCAAUAUCUAAUAGAAUCUCACUGAGAAGGAUAUAGUCUAAGUGAUGGAGUAAGGAUUAUCAAUAUUGAAAUAACCAACUAAAGAUAAGUUAUAUGAGUUGCAACAUUUGAUCAAUAUAUUGGAGGCUGAAAUUUGCAAGUAAAGAGAACAAUUAGAUGUGAUGAUUGGAUAGGCUGAAAAGACUGGUUAUAGAUGGCUAACACUCUUAUUUGCCUUAUCUUUAUUAUAAAUCGGAGCAUUUUAUUAUGGAAUAUACAUGGUUGAUGAAUGGGGUUGGAAUGUCUGUGAGCCUUUUACUUACACUUUGUAAUGUGUAACAGUGUUGUUAGGAAUGAUCUUCUAUGUGAGAUACAGGAGACAAAGAGAAAUCGAAUCAAUUAGAUGGGCAUUUAUGUUCAGGAAGUAAAUAAAGGAGAGAAAUUGGAAGGAUAGAUGGAACCAUUUGAAUACAUUGAUUUCUUUGAAGGAGGAACAAAAAAGAGGCUUAGAAUUAAGAAAAACAAUUCUAUACAAUAGAAUGAACUAUCACUAUUAUGUGUAAUAAUAGAAAAAAUGAUUUAUAUCAAUAUACAUAAAUAGCAACAUUAUCAA